AACCCUUAAUCAGGAGUCUGGGUUAGAUUGUUGCUUCAGCUGGGAUGUUUCAUGAUGCUGAUGUCAUCAAGGCGUUAUCAGAGUAAAGCUGUGGGUACUUUGUCAGCUAAAAGGGUUCAAGGGUUCAUUCGUUUACUCGCAGCUGUGUUGGGCUAACAGUGGGCAAAGUUUUCACAUUUGGGCUCAAGCACAGAAGGGUUACCAUAGUAACACAUUUACAUGACCCCUACAGGCUGAGAGCAAGCAGACCACUCUCCUGUUACUGAGUCGUGCUAACUUGAACUGGUCUUUACUGAGUGUGAUAAUUACCUGUGCUGCUGACACAAGACUUUACAGGUUACCAUGGUAACAGCCCACCUGUGUGUGCGAGAGACAUUUGUGAUGACAUCAGAUGAAUACUGAAUAACUCAUGAUUGCUCACUGGGACAAAAGUCCUCCGACUGGCUCUCUGAUCGGGUCACUGAUUAACUGAUCAACAGUGAGAAGCAACAAGCUGCUGCCAGACUCCAGACUAUUUUAUUCUGAUCACAGGGUCAGAUUUGAGAGAAGCCCCACAGUUGAUGCAACUGACUGAAAACAUUAAAACACACCAAGAGUCUCAACAAUCUGAUCUCCGUGCAGCGCGCUGGAACUCAUCGUUAACACCCGUUAGAGCUGGUGAUGGACUCCAAAAGCACCCAGCAGGAGCUGCAGCAGCAGUUCAACGAUGUGGUCUCCAGACUGGAGUCUAAGCAGUUCUUCCAGUCUGACUGGGACACUGCUUUUUUCAUCCUCUUCUUCAUCUUCUUCGGUACGGUGCUUCUGCUCGUCCUCCUGGUCCUGAUCCGCUGCUGCUGCUGCUGCUGCUGCGAUGGUGAAAAGCCACACAAGAAGGUCGGGAUAGAGAACAUGGGCCUGGAGCCCUGACCGCUGACCUGGACUGACCCGCCGUCGUCCUCCUCUGUGCCAAAACACGAGCCUUCCUCCAGCUGUGAGCUCUUAGUGCUGCACCUGAAACUAGAGCGGGUAGAUGCUCUGGUCUGUCCUGUCUGCAUUCAUUUCUUCCUCUGCUGAAAGAAUUAAUAUUUAAAUUAUUUACUUGCUAAUAAAGUAUAACCUCUUUGA